AAUGGAAGACAUUGACCACAAGCUUGAGGCGUCAAGAUUUAUUAUAUUGAUGGAAUCGGAAGGGGUGAUGAGAUUGUGAAGACGCCUCCCUCUCUCCUUAAAAGUCUCCUUGUGUAUCCUAUUUGUCUAAAGAAAAAAGAUCGCGUCCCCUCUCUCUCCUUAAAAGUCUCCUGUAUAGCCUAUUUGUCUAAAGAAAAAGGGUCGCGUCCCUCCUUCCUUAAAACUCUCCUCUCCCUGUUGUGUUUGAUUCGAAAUCUUGGAAAUGGAAGCGGUGCCCUCAGAUGUUCCCCGACCCCGCCUGACGAAGAAACCCUCGUCUUCCUCUUCGUCGUUCCGGCUUCGGUGUCCGAGCCUGAACUCCCUUCGGCUGCGUCGCAUAUUUGACAUGUUCGACAAGAACGGGGACGGCAUGAUCACCACGAAGGAGCUGGAACAAGCUCUGGGGCUUCUUGGGUUGGAUGUUGAUGAAUCAGACCUGGAUUUGACGGUCAAGUCCUUCGUCCAACCGGGAAAUGCGGGUCUUCGGUUCGAAGACUUCGCAGCCCUGCACCAGUUCUUAAAUGACACCUAUUUAGAGGGGAUGGUGGAGGAUGAGGAUGAGGAGGAGAAGAGGGAAACAAGCAUGUCGUCGAUGUCGCAGGAAGAGUCGGAUCUAACGGAGGCAUUCAGGGUAUUCGAUGAGGAUGGAGAUGGCUACAUAUCCGCCACCGAACUCCAAGUGGUUCUAAGAAAGCUGAGAUUGGCGGAGGGGAAUGAGAUCGACAGGGUUCAGAAGAUGAUUCUGUCGGUUGACCGCAAUCAGGAUGGCCUGGUUGAUUUCUUCGAAUUCAAGGACAUGAUGCGCAGUGUUAUCGUCAGGAGUUGUUGAUUCCCCCUCCAUCCUCCCACACCUCAUCAUCAUCAUCAUCAUCAUCAUCAUCUCAUCGGAUCCCCUUGUCUUUCUAUAUUUCUAUUUUCUUCUCUUCUCCUUUGCUUUGGGGUUUUCUAUACAAAUUAAAUUAUCCACCACCCAAUAUUAUAAUUCUUCCUUCAACCAUGUAUUGUAUUAAUAAUUAUUUAGUUCAUACUUUCAUAAUUAAUUCAUGUUCACCCUCCACCCUCCUCCCUCCUCCCUUCCCCAUGGGUUCUAUAUAUAAAAUACCCUCUCUUUCAAACCAA